CACAAAUCUGUGACGUAGAAUACACGAUGCAGAUAAGCGCCAAGUUUGUUGUGCUGGUAUUUGUUAGAGAAAAAAGGAAAUGGAUUUAGAAAAAUCGGUGAUUCGGAGAGUUGUAUCGAAAUGUAGAGCACGAGAUAUAGAAUCGUUGCUGAAAAAAUGGGGUUGGCUUACUGACGGUGACAUGAAGAAAAUUAAUUUCCGUGCUUCGAAGAGAGUUAUUGCAUCUCAAAUCAGCGACAUUUGUAAGGCAAAAGGUCUUAGAGAAGAAGUCGGUGAUCUGGAUUUGUUAUGCACUCAGCUGAAUUCAUUUGGACUGAAAUGGACAGUCUUGAAGUUGAAAGGGAGUCAGCCUAAAACGGAUUUUGAUCCUCUUGAGAUUCAGGAUCGACUGCUGGGCCUUCUUGAACCAGAAUGCCAUGGAGAAGUACACUUGAAUGUGAAGAGUUUUGGCGGAGCAACUUGGGUGCGUUUGUACAUAAAAGAUGACGCCCCUUUCCGUGCUACUGAUACAGUGUACUUUUUGUCUUAUCCCCACACACCCAUCCUUAUCACAUGUCGCAUGAAAGUAAAGAUCCGGGACCUUCUGUACUCAGUCCUACUGGAGAUAUUUCAAGCAGAGGAGAUCAAAGAAUUGCAGCUUACAGGUCAUCACUUGCCAUCACUGGCAGAUCUUGCUCUGCAGCAGAAUGCCCAGGGUCCUUUUCAGAAAUACAGGGACUUGAUGGAAGAGGAGAACCCCCUUGUCAGAAGUAGGCUACUUAAAAAGACAGGAACGGCCCCAGAAGAAAUAGUAUGGGAGUCAAGACUGACAGAUGAGAAUAAGGAACAAAAGGAGCGUCGACAGGAAAAGCUGGAUGGUACAUUUGGUAUCUCUACACAACCUACUUUAGAAAAACUAGAAUAUAAGCUGAAUCUAAGGUUUCGAGGAACAACCUUUGCUCCUGCUCUUAAGGACCGUAAAGAUCUGUUUCGAUGUCGGGUCAAGUUUGAAGGUCCGUCAGUACUGGAAGGAACAAAGAAUCUGGGUAAAUCAGGACUUGCAACUCUGCCUAUGCCAAGGCAUUUGUUUAAAGUGCACUCCCUUGCAAAAAAUCACUUUAUUAUUGCUGAGAUAGAUUCAAGCAAGAGAGCUAAAGACAGAAGUACAACUGAGUAAAAUUUAUGUAAGACAACAUGGCUUUUAUUAUUAUAACUUAUUUCAUGGAAAACUUGUCGUUCUAAUUUGUCUAAUUGCUUGUCUGAAAAGUAUUUGAUUUUUGUACAGUUCAGAAUCUGAUUUUUAAAUAGAUUUUUUUUUUUUUUUUUUUGAAUAACGUGAUGUUUAGUACUGACAGUCCUUUUCCUGAUAUAACCCUGAAAACUAUUAAUAACUCAUUGAAACAAACCUGUGUUAUUUUGAUCAUUAUAAUUUUGUGUGUGUGUUCUAAACAAGGUAACAGGAUGCAUCUUAUCUUAUAUGAUCUUGCAUAAUUGUGAUCUAUCCUGAGAAAAGUCACUCUGAUGGUUGCUCAUUUUUUUAUUUCAGUACCUCUGCUGGUACUUGCACAUGUGUAUACAUAUGCAGGCAUGCACAAACACUCAACAUCAUAUGAAAAGUAAUGAUGUAAGUCAUAAAACAGAAGAAUCAACAAGCUCAAACAAAAUCAGUCUGUUACAACCUUGUGAUUACUUUAAGGAAAUCCAACAAACACCCACUGUUGAUUCCUCAACCAGUCACCAGAAUAUUGCAUUAGCCAUCCAUCCUAGCUAUUGUAAACAGUGACAAGUGCCUGUUACUCAGUCUUGAAUGACUAAACAGAAACUCUAUACAAUAAAUUAUCCCAUUCAGCAAUGUGAAGAAAAUCAAUGACAAAGUCAUUUGAGUAGCUGGUGCUUGUUUGAGAUAUUUCAUGCAUUUUCUUUAUGGCUUCUUCUUUGUUCCCACAAUAAUGCUUAUCAUCUAAAUGUGUAGGGACCUCUACGUAUACAUACUUGAUUAUAUACUUGUACACACAGAAGUAACUGAAAUAAACCAUGUGUGUGUAUAUCUGUCACAUUAUAGAUAUACUUUUUGUCUCAUAUAUAUAAUGUAUAUGAUAUACAAAUUUAUAAAAAAAUACUUGUAUUUGUAGCCAAAAAUACACUUGCAACAUAUAAAAACAGCAAGUAUUGGGGUUAAAUAUAUGUUAAGAAAACAAAAGCUGUGUUAAAUACCCUUGGAAUGAAAGCCUCUGGCUAAAUAAGGUCAAGAGUUGUUACAAAGAAAUGAGUACUUGGAGAAAAAAGUUCCUGUCUGACUUAAAAGUUUAUUGCUAUACUUAUAUUGCAUUUUGUUAUUACAACGAAUUAUAUUUGAAUACAGGUCACAUACAUAAAUCAGUCUGCAUUCUUGCACAUGUUUUGCUCUUUCUCUCACACACACACACAAAUAUAGAGCUAAUCUCCCAUACGCACUUAUUUGAUUUAUGUAUAUGUAUAUUUACAACAAUAGAUCCAACAAGUUUUUAUUAUAUUUUUGUCAUUUUCCAGAGAUGAGUGGAAGCCCAUUUGUUAAACUGUCAACUCGCAUGAUGAUGACUAGUCUUUUUUUUUUUAAGUUUUGUUCUUUGUUGUCUUGGUUAUUGUUGGUCUAAUAGUAAUAGGCUUUGUAAGCUGCUUGUGUAAAUGGCCACUCCAUAGAAUAAGUUCUAAGUUAAUAUAAAAUGUCUAAUCUAGUGUUUGCGAUAAUGACAAAUGGCAAAAGUUGAGAUAAAAACAUUCUUCUUAACAGAAAGUAUAUUUUUAAUAGUUGAUAACCAUUUUAGUAUUGCUUACAUUAAUUUAAUCUUAAAUAUUAAUUUAACUCAUUAUGUCACACAAACUAAUAAUAGACUUUAUAAAGCACAUUUCCCUGUUUCAUUGCAGUUUUCAUAAAUAUGGCCAAUAACUUAUUUAAAAAAGAACUUGUGCUGUUUAAUUAUGAACCUAUGAGCAGCAAAAAAUCCUAUUUAAAAACAUCAUUUGGGCAGAAUAAACCCUUAAAAAUA